UGCCUUUUCCAUCACUGAAAAGCCACCGCUUCUCUUAAUAUUUUUUUCCGAAAAUUAAAAAAUUUUUCAUUCACAUAUUUAGAAACAUUUUGGAAUAAUUGCAACGGCGCAGCGCGCGUUUACAAACUAACUAGCCAUGGACAUCGACCUAAGUCUGGACGAGAUUAUAGAGCGAAAGCGCGCUCAAGGAGGAGGCCGGCCAAUUGACAAAAAAUUUACUGCGAGCUAUACGAAGCCGCGUCCCAAAUUACUUAACAAGCCGGCAUUUAAGGCUGGACCAGGACAAGGGGGCAUGCAGUCGGAUCAGCCGGUGCCGCGCUCCUUUGAUGCCCGGAACAAAAUCAUUCAGAAGACACGUGCCAAGAUUGCGGAUGCCCGCGAAAUACUCAACCAAAACAUGCGCGAGUCGGGCAUCGAUGCCCGUCAGUUACUGCUCGAGCGUAAGAAGGAGCGACUUGACGUCAACUCGUCCGACGAAUCCCUGUCCCUGCCGCCGCCGCCUGUGCGUAGCAUUUCGCGUCAUGCUCGAGGAGUGGGCGUCCACCUGGGCCAUUUUGGACAACGCACUAUCACUAUGUCCGACCGGUCUGGUGGUGGAGUUAUCGAGGCCGGCUACGAUUCAGAGUCUGAUGACGAUCGUGGUCCGCCGACCAGACGGUUUAACGGAUCCAAAUUGAACCCGGCGUCCAAGGCAUUUGUGCCUCGCGGCUACGUAGAUCAUGAUAAUAUGCAGGAACUUGAAGAGGAGGAAAUAAGCCGAACUUUGCAUUUUGGCAACUACACUAACCAGCCGCCAGCACGCUACACGUUUGGUGGCUACGAUUUAAAUCGGGACGACGACGUGGAGAUGUCCACAGCUCCGCUAAAGAACAACAUUGCCAAUGAUCCGUUUGCCAUAUACGAGGCGGCUCGCAAUCGUAUCGAGCGCCCCUCGCUGCCAUCUCCGCUUAUUGUGGGCCGUUCGGAUACGGUUGAUAAGCUUUUUGAGCGCCGCCAGCGUAACAUAGUGCCCACCACCAAUCUGCCGGAGUCGCUGCGUGCCCGUUUGUUUGGCGGCGAACCGGAUCGCCGUGUCUCCCAUGGAAUCUAUGCUAAUGAAAAUAGAAAUAGGGGUAGUGCCAGACAGGUCGUCCCCAGGGGCGGCCGCAGCGGAACCGGUGGUAGUGGCGGUAGCAGCAGCGGAGGCGGCAGCGCUGCCGGUGGCUCUUCUGGAUCCACUUUGACCCAAUCAAAAUCUUCACGCCGUUCUCCACCUCUGGGUGCGGCCAACAACAAGGCUGGCUACCGUCUUCUAGUCAGCAAUCUACACGCGAACGUAACCACGGCUGAUAUUCGUGAGCUUUUCAACGAUAUAGGGCCCAUGUACGAUGCCCAUGUCGUGCGCCCCGGCACCGCCGAGGUUAUAUACAAGACUUUGGAGCAUGCCGAAAUGGCUGUGGAGGCGUACCACCAUCGCGAGUUUGAUGACCAGCCCAUGCAUUGUGUGCUGGUCAAUCCGCACUCGUCCAACCGAUCCUCGCGAUCGGCAAGCUCUCGCACAGUUACCACCAACUCCUCGGGCGUGGAGGUGGACAUUGAUGCACUCCAUUCGGUGCUUUUCCGGGACCGCUAGGCAGCUAUUUUUCGACCAGGCCAGCGGCAGCAAAUAUGUAACGCAAAUUAGGAAAUUUUCCAGCUAGACUAACUACACACCACGGCAUUAGUGCAUCCAGCAUCCAGCAUCCAACGUAUUGCGCAUCAUACUCAAAUGCAUCAUCUCUUUAGUUCUAAGACCUUCCGUGCGCUGUCAGCGAAUCAUCAGUACGACGACAAGAAAGAACGAUCUUGCGUUUUUUUUUUGUAAUUCAGUAAACAAGAAAAUUUAAAGCCAAAA